CAUAGAUAAAAUUUAAUUCUGUGAUUGUGAUUCAAUUUCAACCCAAACGUGAAUGAUUAAUAAAAAAUUGUUAUUAAUAUGUCAGGAAACGUAAAUAUAUGUGAAAUAACAGCUGAUGUAAAGGAAGCUCUAAAAAAGUUUAGAUUUAGAAAAGAGCAAGACACUUCCGCCCUCGUUUUAAAAGUUGAUCGCGAGAAACAGCAGAUUAUUAUAGAUGAGGAAUUUGAAAAUAUUUCUAUUGAAGACUUGCAGGAGAACUUACCAGGCCACCAACCCCGUUUCAUAAUACUCUCUUACAAACAAGAACAUAAAGACGGCAGAACAUCUUUUCCCUUAUGUUUUAUCUUUUUUACUCCACGGGAUAGCCACGCUGAACUCCAAAUUAUGUACGCAGGUUCGAAGAUCUCUUUGCAGAAAGAGGCUGACGUAAAUAGAGCUUUUGAGAUUAGGGAACUAGAGGAUCUAACUGAAGAUUGGUUAUUAUCAAAAUUGGGUAAAUAAGAACAAUGUUGCCACUUUUUUUUACCCAAGUAGAUUUAUUAUAUAUAAGUUGGUCAUUUUAUUGGUCAAAAAUUUAGUUUAACAGUUAUUGUUUAAAUAUUAAAAAUAGUCUUUUUCCACUUUUAUGUGCAAACUGAACUAUGUGUCAAACGCUUUGAUCUCCAGUGUUUAUGAACUCUAUCCUUUAUAUUGAAUAUUGACCUACUAUUUUGUAAAAAAUUAUGAUUCAUGUAUGACUCAUAAAAUUAAUGAAAUUUUAUUCCUAAUAUACAUAUUUAUAUUAUUUUACUUUUAUGUAUGAAAUAUUAGUUAUACACUGAUGAGAGUAUUAAUAUAACCAAAUGAAAUGUAUAGAUAUAUCAUUCCAAAGAAAUUCCAAAAUAAUAAUUGUCAU